UCGGCUUUAGCCUCGACGCGGUAGCAGGAGCUGCUGGGGAAAUCCUUCUGGUAAAAUUCAGCCGAAGUUGUCUUUUCGCCUGAGCUGAUCCUUUUGGAAUGAGCAGUGAGGUGGACGUUGGUAUCUUUCCUUUAAGUCUUCGUGUCCCACGAGCAGCUGCGCUGGUGACAGUCCUACUCCCUCUAGUGGCGUGUUGUGAUACUCCAGGAGGGACACAUGGAUCUCCUUUUUUAUUUUCUGAAUUUUUUAGUAGGUUUUUGAUGGUCUGUAUUGUUCUUUCUGUUUGACCAUUAGGCUGGGCAUGCGUGGGGCUGGAUGUGGCAUGUCUGAAUUCCCAGAUCUCUGCAAAGUCCUUGAACUCAGCACAGUCAUACUGAGGUCCAUAAUCCGAGAUCACCACAUCAGGUAUCCAGUGUCUGGCAAACAUCGAUUUCAUGGUGACUAUGACACUGUGACUGGUGGUAUCUUUAAGUUUCAUUAUUUCUGGAAACUUAGAGAAGUAGUCCACGCACAAAACAAAGUCCACUCAAAAAGAUCUGUGCCUACUUUCUCCCGCGGCCUGUCUGGUACUGGAUGUGGAAGAAGAGGCUCUCUUGAAUUACUGUUUUUGUGCUCAUUGCAGACUGCACACCUUGACACAAUCUCUUCGAUGUGUUUUGACAUAUUUGGCCAAUAUAAAAUGUCUCUGGCUCUUUCUUUGCAUUUGACCAUCCCCAAAUGUGAUUCGUGAAUUUUUUCCAGCAUUUCUCGUCUCAGCUGUUGUGGCACUAUGAGCUUUGCUCCCUUGAACAUCAGUCCUUCUGUGUAUGAAAUUUCUUCUUUGAAUGUCCAGUAGGGCUGAAUGUCUUUAUGAACAGCGUGUCUUUUAUUUGGCCAUCCUCUUGAACUCUGUCUUUCAGACGUUGUAGCUCAGGAUCUUGUGCUGUGGCUUCCUUGAACUUGUUCAGUUUUUCUUCUGACAUGGGGAGUUGAGGUGUUUACCUCCAGCUCUUUUUUCCAACAAGUCCUCUGUAUUCUCCUUUAAGAAUGCACGACUCAGUGUGUCAGCAAUAUGUAGUUCCUUGCCUGGUUUAUGAGUCACUUUUAGGUUGUAUCUUUGCAAUCUCUGGAGCAUCCUCUGUAAUCUCAUCGGGGCUUGAUGCAGUGAUUUUUUUGAAAAUGCUCUCCAGGGGCUUGUGAUCACUUUCAACUUGAAUGUCUUUCCCAUACACAUACUGAUGGAAUUUCUCACAACCAUACACUAUGGCCAGUAGCUCUUUUUCUAUCUGAGCAUAUCUUUGCUGACAGUCUGUUAAUGCUCUUGACCCGAAGGCUACAAGUGUCCAUCUUGCAUUAACACUGCUCCAAUGCCUUGUGAACUUGCAUCAACCCACAGUGUCACUGGUUUUUUAACAUCAAAAAAUCUCAGAGUUGGAGCAUCGGUGACAAGCUUUUUGAGUUGAUCAAAACUCUUUUCUUGAGCGUCCUCCCAGUGCCACUCUAUGUCCCCUUCAAGCAGCUUUCUUAGUGGUCCACUGAUGUUUGACAGGUGUGCUAUGAACUUGGCAAGAUGCUGAAUCAUACCAAGAAACCUUUUCAGCUCUUGUUUACCCUGUGGUGAAGGUAGCUGUGUCACUGCUCUUACUUUUUCAUCAUCUGGUUUCAGACCUGUGUCUGUGAAUGUAUGUCCAAUGUAUUUGAUCUCUUUUGUUCUGAUGAAACAUUUGCUUCUGUUCAGUUUUAGGUUGUUUUUUCUCACUCUGUCCAGCAACUUUCUCAGUCUGCGAUCGUGUUCUUCCUUUGAGUCUCCCCAAACCAGUUGGUCGUCAGUUAUGUUUUCAACACCAUCCAGGUCUUCUAUCAUCUGUGUGAUGGCUCUCUGAAAAACUUCAGGUGCUGAUGAUAUGCCAAAUGCCGCAAGAACCAAUAGGCAGGCCGUCAUGCUAAAAAGUGUCACUGCUAACCAGCAGCAAUACGUCGGACUACAAGAACUUUCUGCAUUGGCAAGGACAUUACAACCCUUUAUUGGCCCCCAAAAAAAGUACAGGUUUAUCCAGAAUGUCAGAAGCGGAGAGUCGGCUCUUACAUGCUCGUGUUUUUGCGCCAUUCAGAACCUGGAACCCACAUGUGCUCUUGGUCAGCUGGUUUGUGAGACGCUUCAGGAACAUGAGAAAAUCUACCACACAGGCUCAGGAUGCUUGAUGUUUCUUGCAGGAGCUUGGAGCAGUGCUGCCCUGCUUGGUUUAUGUCAAGGAAUUUCGGUAACACAGAUCAUCUCAAUUAUGAAUGAGGGGAUAGAAAUAUGCCUGGAUGCUGUAAGGAAAUCUGCGUUAUUAUUUAAUGGUCUUGAUGUAAGAUUAUCAAGGAGAUCCACUGCAGCAGUUCACGGGCUAGAACUUUCACUGUCAGAAGAAGCCUUUUGUGUAGCCUCAAACUUGCCGUUUAAUUUCCAAGCCCCACCAGCUAAGGUUUACCAACAGGCUCAAAAUAUAAGAGGGCAAAGACAGAUAAAGCUCAGCAGGUAUUUUUGUGAGAAUAAAUCUGAAAUGGUUUCAGAGUUUGAAACCUGUAGUUUUGCACACAUUGCUGAAGGACUGAGCCACAGCUGUGAUAACCUCAUGAAAUUAGCAGUGGAAGUUAUGCAAGUACAAUCCAGAAGUAAUCAGGAUAUUACCACUGUAACCUUUGACAUUAGUAAAGUGACGACGUGUGUGCUUUUUGGUUUACCAGAGGACUGUUCCUGUGCUGUUCCAGGCUGCAUUGUCCUUUUAUCUGAUGAACAGGUAUCAGUUUUCCACCACUUAAAAACAAAACGCCUGAAGGUUGCUCUUAUUGAUGGAGACUUAUCCCAUAGCUAUCACCACAUGGGCUUCAAAAGGCCAGCAGGUAUGCAGCAUGUCAGGGACCAGCCAAGCGUGUCUGAGUCCAGUACAGAGGACAAGUGGGUGAAAAAAGUUGUGAAGCUCUUCUUGGACCUAGGAGUUAAUCUGAUUCUUUUAACUGGUGUUGCCUGCAAGCCCAUGGAUCAGAACUGCUGUAGAAAUCAAAUUCUUGUCGUGGAGAAAUUGAACUCCUCUGUUUUAAGAACCUUUGCCCAAUCAACUGGAUCAGCUCUAGUAACCUAUCCCUCACAGCUGAGAGAUCACUGCGUUGGCACUGGGGUACAGCUUGCUCUGUGGAGGGACCUCAGCUGCUACGACAGGAAGCUAGUACCUGUAAAUAUUUCCACAGAAGAGAACACUGGACUGGUCACAGCAAUCCUUACAAGUUCUGUCCAGUGCAAGUCACAGCUUCAACAGGACCGAUUUUGGGCCUGUGCCUACCGUUUACACCACGCUCUGAAGGACAGAGCCCUUCUGCCUGGUGCUGGAAGGACGGAAAUGUUUUGCAUUCAUCUCCUGCAAAAGCAAGCACAAAAUUGCAGAGAGAAGAGCACUAACUCUGUUCCCCCAUCUGCAGCAGGGACAGCAGUCGCACUCCACACAAGUGUCAUGUUGGAACUCAUGGCAGAUGGUUUAAUGGAUUACAUAACCACAGUAAUGAUAAAUUCUGGGAAGAUGUCAAAAGUCGAGGCCAGGACCAUUGUGACCAGACAGCUGCAGACUUUUGAUGUACAUCAAGGCAAUGCAACAAAGUUCCCACAGCUUGUGCUGGGAAACGAGAAUGAGGCCUUUGUGUUUCCUUCAAGAAAACAAACUGAAUGUGCCCCUGCAGUAGAAGUCUACGACAAUCUUUGCGUGAAGCAGGAAGCUUGGAGAAGAGCUUUAGAUCUUGUUUUUCUGGUUUUACAAACUGAUGAAGAAGUUGUCUCAGGUUUGGACCAAAAGAUGGAAAAAGAUACAAUGAUGCUAUAAUUUUCCAGGAUCAUUGCUGUUGACUGAACUGCAUCUCCUGAUCUUUUUUUUUUUUACUUUAAUAUCAAAUAUAAAUUUUGUCUUAAAAUUUGUUAUUUACAUAUUAUAAAAUACUACUUUUUUCAUUG